AUGUCGCAACCAGAGGUCGCCUGGGAUUUGGACAGCGACGAGAUCGCCUCCAUCGCAUCUGAGGAGCUCCACGAAAACAGACCAAACCGCUGGAAAGGGUCAAAAUCAACAUGGCGCGACAUUACUGAGGAAGAGCGCCUACUAUGGCGCUUCAUGAAACAACUACAGGACGAGGAUCUGGGCGUGCAUCUUUACAAUGCGUUUGCGCUGAAGAAACGCGCAGCAGACCCGGAGACUGCCAAGGAAUUCCUCGUGCAAACGGAAGAUGGACAAGAGACCAUCUGGACGCCACCCAAGUGGUGGACGGCCUGGCCCUUGCGUCAGAAGCAUCUACCGCCCGUCGGCCUGUUUAACAAUGACGGCGACGGCCAGGACGAGUUUGUCUUUCGUCGCAACGAGGACGUGGCGCCCAGCUCUGAACUCAGAUCCGAAGUAACAGCCACCAUUUUACGCAUCGCAAAGGAGCGCUUUUCUCGCCGCAACCCCCCCCAACCAAUCGUGCCAUCCAUCGAAACCCCGGCCUCGCCUCGUCUCGGCGAAGACAGCGACGGAUCCUCUUCUACGGAAUCAGAGUUAGAGUCACAGCCCAGUGUACAGCAGGCUAUUGAUGUGUCGAUAGCUGAAGAUGAGCCGCACCCGCAGCGCAAGAAUAAGGCCGACAAAACAUACGACGGAGUCGUCUCCGCAGACGACCAGCUAUCAGCAACACUCCUCAAGCCCUCCGUACAGCACAUCCUAACUCUAGUCGACAAGACCCUCACCGCCCUACACAAUAUGCGCGCGGCUGGUCUUACCUACUUGUCCGAUUCGUCCGUAGCGGAGACGCCGGAUGGAUCCGACACCGAGCGCGAUACGAAGCCGCGCAAACGUGGCCGCGGCCGUCCGCGCCUCCCUCCGCGCCGCAACGCCGCGGCCGCACCCAGCGGCUCCAAGCGACGUCGCGGGCGGCCCAAGAAGGUGCCCACCGACUCCAAGCGACGUCGCGGGCGGCCCAAGAAGGUGCACGUGCCUGAGCCGGGCGAGACGCUGGAGGAAAUGGAGCUUCGCGUCGCACGGCUCAACCACCGACGCCUGCCCACGACCGAGGUGGAUCGCGAGGCGGCUUUUGAGGACUGGCUGCGGGGCGACAAACAAUUCGCCCGCGAGCAGCGCCAGCCCUCGAGUCGGCGCUUGUCCGAGCAGCGCCAGCCCUCGAGCCGGCGCUUGUCCGAGGAGCUCCGCGACAGCGCCGACCGGACGGCCGGUGAGGGUGACGACGAUGGCGAAAAGAAAACCAACGCGGAGAGGAGGAUUCGCCGCUGGGGGCUCCGCGACUGGAGCGAAGUCGUUGCCGCCGCCACUCUCGCCGGCUUCCCGCCGCGCGUCAUCCAACGCACGGCGCAGCGCUGUGCGAACCUCUUUGAGCAGGGCAUGACCUUUACGCACCUCGACGAGGUACCCGCCGCGCGUGCCGCCGCCAGCAUCUGCACCACCACGUACCGGCCUGAACCCAUCCGCCUGUCCGCGUCCCCCAGCGGCGACUCCGAUUCCGACAACGACUCCGACAACGACCGGAAACGCGCCGCCAACCUGAAGCAGCACCGCCUCCGCCAGCGCUCCAGGGAAGGCACGCUGCCGAGUGAGGAGGACGACUCGUCGCGUUCGCGCUCGCGGUCACGCUCACGGUCCGGGGGGGUCCUCUUCUUUUGCCCGCAGGCGUGGUGCAACCGCGCCGCCAGCGGUUUCUCGCGACGGGAUAACCUGCGGCGGCACAUGCGGCUCAAGCACCCCGAGUGCGACAAGGACCCCGCCACCACCGCGCCGCAGGCCGCCGGGGACAGCGAGGACGAGACGCUCGGCGCCGUCCACGUUGACGGCUUCCUGCGUACCAUCAACCCCGGCAGGGGGUGGCGGGGCGACAGCGCUGUUCGCGGCAGGAAGCGGGGGGUGUCACCGGGGCCUGGGACGCCGCCGCCGGCUGGCCGUCGCCCGGGGAAGAAGGAAAAGGCUCCUUUGAACGAGUGCGAAUAG